GAUCAGUUGUCUUUUUGCAAGUAAAAGAAGUAUACUCCGUACGUAUUUUGGAAUUACUGAAAUGGACAGCAUGACUAAAAGGUCACUGUGCCAAGACCUUCAAUUGUGGAGCCAAACUUCUCCAGGAACAAACCUACAUACUCCCAGUAAGAACCUCACGACGUUAUCACCCAUACUGUCCAACGCUGUCGCCUGUAUCAAUCACAUACAUUUGACUACUUUUGGUCUCACAAUCAUGUCUUCCACAUCAGACCAACAACCAGAGUCGUCCGGACAAGGCCAUCCUAACUCCUGGUCAAACACGGAGCGGAGAUUCACUAACAAGAGUGCAAGCGAGUACUAUGAUCCAUGCCAAGAUUUCGCUGAUCGGAGUUUGAAAUGUAUGAAGCGGAAUAAUUUCGACAGAGAAAUGUGCCACGAUUACUUUCAGGCCUACCGUGACUGCAAAAAACAAUGGUUGACACAGAAAAAGCUUUCUGGCUAGUUCUACCAGAGCUAUGUUAGCAAAUGGUGCAUGUUUCCUUGAAGUUAAUCUUCACAAUAUCUGUAUCAUAGAAUCACCGGGAUGCCAGACGAUCAAUAUUCCCGGUAACUAAUAGGGUCUCCUUUCGGUCUACAUCAGCAUCUCACUGCACAUCUCAGAGCCAGGCUGUCCUGAUAAAAGAUACUGGUAAGAGACCGGGCAAUUACAUGUUUCGAGCAAAAACAUACUAUUCGUUGGCACAUAAGCUUCUCCUCCUAUUGACGCAGCUUACCUCCUUAACAUGGAUGUCUAUCUCUUCUUUUUUCCCACUUACUUCUGCUCGGCAGAAGGGGGGCAUGAAAGUUCCGAUUGUCGCAACAAGGGCUUUUUGGCGCACAUCCUCAAGUCUGUAUCCUAUUUACUAUGUUGUAUGUUACCGAUUCUAGAAAGAAGGGUCAUCCCGCUCUAUAUUUGUAUCAUAGAAAUGUUUCAGCGAUCACUUCUUGCAAGACUUUAACAACACAUGUUAGGACCUUAUGUUAUUAACGUUAAGGUUGGUGUAUAUAGCCUUCUAAAUCCUUGAAGCAUGUUGAGG